AUGGAAAACAAUACCUCCAUAUACACCCCCGAAACCUCCAAAAUCUCUGCGUGGGAUGCCGUCAUAUACAUUAUCCCCGUCCUCCUCGCCUACCCCCUCCUAACCUCCCUCUUCCGCUUCCGCCGACACCACAACCUCCACAAACACUACCACUUCCCAACCCGCGACUCCUUCUCGCGCAUGACAGAUGACCAAGCAUGGGAGAUCCAGAAAGUCCUCGCGCAGCUUGAGUUUCCGUUUAUUUACAUCAAGGCGUUGCAGUUUGCGCUAUUCAGGACAUACGGCAUCCCAAGUAUAUCAACCGUCCUAACAAAAACAACCCAAUUCUCGCACCCCGCAACAUCCCUAAAACGCUACUCCGAUACCUCCGCGCUCAUCCAGGAGUUCAUCGCGCACUCCCCGUCUUCACAUCGCGCAUACACGUCUCUCGCGCGAACGCGCUUCUUACAUGCUGCGUACCGCUCGUCGGGGACCAUUCGCGAAGAUGACAUGCUCUAUACGCUGAGUUUGUUUGCGAUCCAGCCGAUUCGGUUUAUUGAGAAGUUUGAGUGGAGGGGGCUGAGUGAUUUAGAGAAAUGUGCGAUUGGGACAUUUUGGAAGAGUGUGGGGGAUGCGCUUGGUAUUGAUUAUAAAGCUCUCCCAUCCGGAACCUUGGGAUUUAAGGAUGGUUUGCACUGGCUUGAGGAAAUUACUUCCUGGAGCGAUGUGUAUGAGGAACGAUUCAUGGUCUUUCAUAUCAAGAACAAGGAAACAGCAGACCAAACGACAGCCAUGCUGGUGUAUAUGCUACCUCAGUAUCUGCACCAUGUGGGAUUAAAGUUCGUCUCGUUCAUGAUGGACGAUCGACUUCGGAAGGCGAUGUUAUAUGACGCCUCACCACCACUCUACACUAUGAUCUUUUCUACCCUGUUGGACACCCGCCGAUUCGUCUUGCGCUAUUUAACCCCUCCGCGGCCGUAUUUCAUGCGCUACAUGUCUCUUACCGAAACCCCGGACGAGAAUAACCGUAUCUUCAUGACGCAGUGGGAUGCUGCACCGUAUUAUGUUAGGCCAUCUGUUUGGAAUCGGUGGAGUCCAACGGCGUGGGUCACUUGGGUUCUUGGACGGCCGUUGCCUGGGGAUGAGGGCGAGAAGUAUUAUCCCCAUGGAUAUCGGAUUGAGGAUGUUGGGCCGAGGUAUUUUGAGGGAAAGGGUGGGAAAUCGAUGGAGGGGUUCAUGGAGGAGUAUAAGACGGCGCGGACCGGGGGGUGUCCGUUUCACUAA